CAAUAAUACUUCCGGGUGUGCAAUAUGGAAAAAUAUCUGCACAGUCGGUGAUGAGUCGCUUCCUGUGCAAUUUGAAUGUAAAACGCUGAUGUCAGCACUUAUUAAAAAGCUGAUGUCCUAUCGAUGGAGGAGUUGGAUCUGAAAAGAUAUCUUGUUUCAGAGGCCCCUCCUACUGUGUACUACAUUCCAAACUUUGUAUCCCAGGUAGAAGGGAAAUUACUAUGGGAUAAGGUGUAUUCAGCUCCCUGCUCCAAGUGGACACAGCUGUCUAGAAGGAGACUUCAGAACUGGGGUGGAACUCCUCACCCAAAGGGAAUGAUGGUGGAACCCCUUCCACAGUGGCUAGAGGACCGCGGUAGACGAAUAGCAUCAUUGGGUGUGUUCGAAGACAAGGUACCCAAUCAUGUUUUAGUGAAUGAGUACACUCCUGGACAAGGAAUAAUGCCCCAUCAAGAUGGCCCACUGUACUAUCCCACAGUGAGCACUAUCAGUCUCGGCUCACACACACUGCUCGACUUUUAUCGACCUGUCCCCGACUCUACCAAAGAUGGGGACGCAUCUUUAGAGUCUCGAUAUUUCCUCUCUGUUCUCCUGGAGCCGAACAGUCUACUGAUUCUAAAAGAUGCUAUGUAUCAGACAUUUCUUCAUGGAAUUGCAGAGACCAAAGAAGAUGUGGUGUCAGACAAGAUUUGUAACUUAUCUCAUCUCAGUAAGCCUGUCAACAUUGGGGACCACCUGAACAGAUCUACUAGAGUGUCUCUCACCAUCAGAUUUGUACCUAAAACUCUGAAACUAAAACUCAAGUUUUGAAUGUAUCUCUGUACAAAUCCCAAUCUUUGUGUGGUUGUGUGUAUUUUUUGAAAAAG